AUGUCAUCUACAAGUGUAGGUGGGCAAAGGGCAUUUGCCUUGAAGCGAAAUAAGAUGCCUGCAGCCGUUGUACGUAAGCAUGUUAUGACGGGAACUUUGUUGUUAAAUCCACAAAAUGCUUCGCAUAGGGGUGCAACUGAUAGUAGCCCUCAAACAAUCACGUUGAUGGAGAUUGUUGAACCCGUGGAUGUAGAAGAUAUCUUAUCGCAAAGGAAAUACCCUUCUAACAUGUACGAACAUGAUGCAAGUUACAAUAAUUUGAGAAGAAUUGCUGAGUUUCCAGUUGAUGAUGUGGAAGUGCGUUUGCUGCAUCGUGAUCAGCUAACUGUUGAAUCAUUAUUUCCACUUAAUCUUAAUAUCAUUGAUCCAGUGGUAAAGGAUAUAAUAGAGACGUACAACGAUAAUUUUUCUCUUGUACAGCGAAAGUAUUUCCACUAUUCAAGUAGUGAAGCUUAUGUUCGAAUGUUAAUGGAAAUACCAAUUAUUGCUCGAACAGUGCACAAGCAAAUUUAUGAAAUGGACCCAGAUUGUUCUAAUGGACAUAGAAUUAGCACAGCUAGUGUAGAUCAGGCAACCAGACGUGAUUCAUUUGGUUCACAUUAUUCAUCAGAUUCGUUAUGUACUGUUGGUUCAUCUGGUGGAACUAAUCGCGAAGAUAUUUUUCGUGCACCAAAUCAGCUUCAUUCAUCAGCUAGCGAUCCAACUGUUCCAGGUGUGAUUCAACAUAUUUCUAAUACACAACUCGAUCAAAUCAAUGAAGCGCGAAGGCAAUCUAAUCGUCAAAGUGUACUGAUUAAUUUACUUCCUCCACAGACAGAGGCUGAAGUAAUCGAACGGCGAAAUACAGCACCAUUUCCUGUUGAGCAUAUUGGUCAAAAAUUAUUUAUCAAAAUUUUGCAGUUACGACUUGAACCUUCAUUCGAACCUGUUUUUGGUGCGAUGAUGCUCUAUGAUGUAAGAGAAAAACGGAAAAUAUCAGAGAAUUUCUACUUUGAUUUGAACGAUGAAUCGCUCUCUACAAUGAUAUCCCGGCAUGUCGAUCGUGUAGAUGAAGCAAGCAAAUGUACUCUAGCUGCAUUUAGCAUAAGCCAGCCGUUAAACGAUAUAUUUGUUGUUGUGAAGUUAGAAAAAGUAUUGCAACCGUGUGAGAUAGCGGAUGCUUGUGAACCCUAUCUGAAAGAAGAAAAAAACAAAGAUCGUUUGAUGCAAAUUGCGCAGCAAAACUGCGAACGACUUGGUGCUUUUCGAAUGCCGCUUGGUUGGAUUGCUGUAGAUUUGAAACAAGUCAUUAGCAAUUCACAGCAGAUGGACAGAGUAGAAAUAUCAACUGCAAAUGCAAGUGCACCUGCAGGACAAGAUACGCCAAUUUGUUCUACACCUCAUUUUGAUGUUGAAAGUAUUGUGAGUAUGGAUCGAAUAUCCAAUUCAACGACAAGCACAUUUCGUCGCACUGGUAGUGGGAUGUCAACCAAUACAGGUUUUAUAGGAACUAUGCAAGUGCAGAAAACUACUCCAAUUCAGAAACGCAAAUUAUUUGGAACGCUUCAUUCUAGCGUUUCUCAAAUUGACACAAAUUUGAUAGGAGCUGGUAUCGAAAAUGAGACUUCGGUGAAAGAUGGAGUCUCAUCAGUUCCUUUAAAUUACUUGCAGCCUCUCAUUUUGAAUCUCAAUUUUUUCUAUAGACAGGAACCUGAACGUGUAACUGAUCAAGAUCUCUGUAAGAUACUUCUUGAUUGUCGAAAGAGUGGCUCUAAAUUAGCUCGCUUGAAAGCGUUCCCAGUAACAUUUAAAAUGGAAUUAUCGGGUGUAUGUGAUGAGUCAUUAAUGCGCAGUUCAUCAGAUAUUGUGAAAGAAGUUGUUGAAUUCCCGAUGAAAGGGAUUUAUGCUGUAAAUGCUAAUUACAGAAAUUUGCUCUAUGUUUAUCCACGAUUUGUUAACUUAUCAAAUCGUUCCGGUCCUUCCCGUAAUAUUUCGGUUCAUGUGGAAUUGAUGAAUGCGCAAGAAAAGGCAAUCUGUGCAAUAUACGGCAAAUCAGGUGGUCCAAAUAUAACUUAUUUCGCUGACACCGUAGUUUUCUAUCAUAACAAAACUCCAAAUUUUUAUGACGAGAUUAAAAUCAAUUUGCCGGUUGAUUUAGACGACGGUCACCAUUUGCUUUUUACUUUUUAUCAUAUUUCCUGCAAACCAAACAAAAUUGGCAAUGAUAUCAAGGUACCGAUAGGAUAUUCAUGGAUUCCAUUAUUGAAAGAUGGGAGAUUGCAAACUGGGGAAUUUAUUUUGCCGGUUGCAUUGGAACAACUACCACAAAGUUAUGGUUACUUAUCUCCUGACGUUUAUUUACCAAAUAUUAAAUGGUUGGAGGGACACAAACCACUUUUUGAAGUCAAACUUGAAGCUGUCACAACAGUCCAUACACAAGAUUUACAUUUGGAUAAAUUUUUGGUUGCUUAUCAGUCGCUAAAUAUAAACAAUACGAAAAGUUAUCCGAUAACUGAAAUAGAUUUGAAAAAUGCAAUACGAGGCGUCAUAAAAGCUCGUCCAGAACCAAUGGUUGCAUUCUUGUAUAUUAUACUAAAUAAGCUAUUGGCUUUAAUUGCUAAUCCGCCUUAUACAGUCUCGGUAUCAGCAGUGUGUUUUGAAGUACUUGGGCAGCUAGUAAAAAUAUGUACUGUUCUUUUGGAUGGAUUUCAUGAUCUGCAUGGUCGUAGCUCGCUGCUCACUACUUAUAUACAUUACCAUAGAAUACUCCUCAAUGAAGUUUCACUUGUUCAAAGAAAUUCGUGUUUGAUUGAGUCAAAGUCAGAAAAUUCUACAUGUAUAAGUGUUUCACCAGGAAGCGAACACUUAUGCGAUAUCAUAAGAGAAUUUGAGCAAACAAAUUACAUGAAAGCAUCCGUGGAAGAUAACGAUAAAGUCAAAGCAUCUAAAAAGGUUAUGCAUGAAGAGCUAGUGCUUCAGUGGAUUAUAAGUUGUGGUGCUGCUCGAGAAAUGGCUUUUCGUAAUUCUUGGUUUUUUCUUGAGCUCAUAGUCAAGUCUAUGGCAGAAUAUUUGUUUCUAUCAAAUCGGUUAUAUUUACCACGAAAGCUUCGUUUUAGUGAGAUAUUUAUUAAAAAUCUAAAUGGGCUUUCGCAAGCUAUAAUCAGUGAAGUCAUUCAAAGAAUUUCAAAAGAUCCGAAACAAUCGCAAUCGAUCAGCACUUCUUGGGCUUUUUUUUUACGUGAUUGUCUUUCAUUAAUGGAUCGGACCUGCUCAACUGACUCACUUUUAGUCUCCACUUUUAUGCUUAUAAAAUUGGAUUUUUUGCGCAUUGUUGCCUCGCAUGAACAUUUUAUUGUACUGAAUUUACCAUUUGCUUUUAGUACCACUCAAAGUACUUCAGUAAGUCAUUCUAGUAGCUCGUUCUAUGCAAUCUCUUGUAUCCGAGAUUUCAUCAAAAUGCCAAGUGAAACGUUUAAUGCGAUCGGAUCAGCAGAGUUAACUAUUGAGUAUCGUUCACGGCAUUUUUUAAUAGGAAUUGCUCUCGCUGAUUUGGCUUCCGUACUUGAUACUUCAAACACUCUUCUUCAUUCACGUGCUAUAAGCCUCAUUCGUAAUUUGUUGAGCAGUCAUGAAUCAGAUGAUCGACUUCUGGACAACAAGAUGAAAGCGCGAGUAGCAUCAUUAUAUUUGCCUAUUAUUGGCAUUCUCCUAGAUGCAUCUACUCAUUUAUAUGAUCCUUAUUCGAAAUUUUCGAGUUCGAAUCCAGCUGCUGAUUACGGAGUUCCUAUAUCUUUUUCCAAUCAUUGUUCUGUGGAAAUGAAUAAUCAAUCAUUAAUUUGUGACAAAGUCAUGCUUACAAUAGGUGGAAUGAAUUUUACACCUCCUUGUUCACCACCAGUAGAACGGAGGCGGAUAAAUUUAGUGCAAUCAUCACUUUCCUUAGAAAAUACUCGCGUGCUCCUAGCAUGUUUCUGUUGGACUUUAAAAAAUAUGGAACGAUCAUGUUUGCGUCAAUGGAUCCGCGAUUUGUCACCGAAUCGUAUUUCACAAUUUUUGAAUGUUCUUCAGUUGGCAGUUUCUUGCUUCGAAUUCAAGUCAUCUCCCAUUUAUUCUCGAAAAGCUACGACAGAAAGUCUGGAGGAGAAAAGUUAUCUGAAGAGAAAUGAAGUCAUUGACGUCGAAAGUUCAUCGACAAAAGAUCUUAAUCGGAAAAAGUCACGUGGUCUUAGCGAUUCGGAAUGUGAUAUUCGUUGGCGAAAAGAAGUUAAAGAUUUAAGAGAAAAAGGUUUUUGGAAAAGCUAUACAGGUAGUAGCGGUGGCCAUUGUAGUGAAGAACGUCCAUAUGACGAUGUUGUCCUGGAAGCUGCUCUUUGUACUGAGGUCCCAUUGAUAGUACUGGAUACGUUAGAAAUUGUCAUACGUGUUGUGUCUGUACUUGGUUCAGAUUGUCUGUAUUAUGUUCUUCCUUUUGUUUUAAAGGUUUUGAUGCACAUGCUGGCUUGCAAUCAGUCAGUGCAAGCUUUGGAAAACAUCUUUGCUAGUCAACGUUCCAUUGUUACAAAAUAUCCGGGCCUGUUGUUUGAACAAGAAACGGAGCAGUGUGGAGAGUUAUGUCUUCAUCUUCUAAGGCACUGUGCAUCGCGAUUACCAGCUAUUCGUUCACAAGCUGCGGCUUCACUGUAUUUAUUGAUGCGACAAAGUUUUGAGGCGGGUCCAAAUUUCUCAAAAGUUAAAAUGCAGAUAACCAUGUCGUUAAGUACACUAGUUUCUACGGGUACCAAAUAUGGUGACUGGAUUAACGAAGAUUGUUUACGUCGCAGCUUAAAAACUGUAUUAACUUACUCAGAAACUGAUGCGUCUACGGACUUGCAGAUACGUAGCACAACUUUUUCGGAACAAGUAAAAGAUUUAGUUUUCAACUUGCAUAUGAUAUUAUCAGAUACAGUGAAAAUGAAAGAAUACACAAAUGACUUUGAAAUGCUGAUCGAUCUUAUGUAUCGUGUUGCGAAGGGAUAUCAGAACAAUCCGGAUCUUAGACUUACGUGGUUGAUUAAUAUGGCAAAUAAACAUUCAGCUCGGGAUAAUGCUGCGGAAGCGGCCCAGUGCAUGCUCCAUGCAGCCGCAUUAGCAGCUGAAUAUCUUUCUAUGCGUGAAUACAGUGCAUAUAUAUCAAGAGGUGCUGCUGCUUUUGAAACUAUAAGUGGUAAUGUUCUUGAAGAAAGCGCUGUUUCGGAUGAUGUUAUCAGUCCCGACGAAGAGGGUAUUUGCGAAAGUCGCCAUUUUACCCAGAAUGGCUUAGUACAUUUGGUAGAAAAAACAGCAAAGUUCAUGGAGAAAGCGCAAAUGUAUGAAUCAAUGGUACAACUAUAUAAGGUGGUAACGCCAAUUUUGGAGGAAAAUCGUGAUUAUCAACGCUUAGAACAAGUUCAUAGAUGUCUUAGUCAAGCUCUUUCUCGGAUUGAACCAACUUUCUCACUUAUUGAAUAUAUUGCUGACGCUUGGUAUUCUCCAUUACCAAGUGCUGAUAAGCGUUGUUUUGGUACUUAUUUUCGAGUAGGUUUUUAUGGUGGCCGUUUUGGAGAUUUAGAUGGGACUGAAUUCAUAUAUAAGGAACCCGCAAUUACAAAAUUAUCAGAAAUUAGCCAUCGUCUAGAUGCGUUUUAUACAGAUCGCUUUGGUAAAGGAGUUGUGGAAGUGAUCAAAGACUCAAAUGUAGUCGAUCGGAAUCGUUUGGAUCCCACUAAAGCUUAUUUACAAAUCACAUAUGUAGAACCAUAUUUGGAAAAUUGGGAGCGACGGCGUAGACCUACGCAUUUCGAGCGGAAUCACAAAUUGUAUAGAUUUGUUUACGCAACCCCAUUUACAAAAGAUGGUCGAGCUCAUGGUGAUUUAAAAGACCAAUACAAAAGGCGAACAGUUCUGGAAACACAAUUUUGGCAAACUGGGUUUAGUUUUCCGUAUGUUAAAACACGUCUUCGAGUGAUUAAUCGUGAGCAGAUUGUCCUAACUCCGAUUGAAGUUGCAAUCGAGGAUAUCCAAAAACGAAUUCGGGAAUUAGCUGCUGCUACUGCACAAGAUCCGCCAGAUGCAAAGAUGCUGCAAAUGGUGCUGCAAGGUUGCAUAGGCACCACGGUGAACCAAGGUCCCAUAGAAGUUGCUAAUGUAUUCCUAACAAAUGUCAUUUUGGACGAUCAUGGAAAACCUGUGAAUCAAUUACAAAAUAAGCUUCGUUUAUGUUUCAAAGACUUUUCGAAAAAGUGUGCGGAUGCGCUGCAGAAGAACAAACAACUUAUUCAGGCUGAUCAGCAAGCUUACCAGGAUGAACUGCAGAAGAACUAUAUUGAAUUCACAAAACGAAUGGCGCCGGUUGUUGGGAUCUGUAAACGUAAAUUUUCGGAAGCUCAUUUGGUUAAAGCUACGCAUACUGUUGAACUUGGGACAGCCACAGCGGUGUAAAA